GGUUCGCUCAGACUUGUUCGGCGCUUCCCGGGACGGGGCACGGGGGGCACCGGCGAUGCCGCCCCUCCCGCUGCUGCUGCUGCUGCUCUGCCCGCGCCCCCCCCGCGCCGGAGCCACCGCCUACCCCGCCGUGAUUUCCCCCCAGGACCCGACGCUGCUGAUCGGCUCCUCGCUGGUCGCCACGUGCACGGUCAGCCCCGACUUUCACCUGAAAGCCGAGGACCUGUACUGGACGCUGAACGGCCGGCGCCUGCCCGCCGCCCUCUCCACGCCGUUGGGUCCCACCACGCUCAGCGUUGCCCUCACCCACCUCAACGGCUCCAAGCAGCAGUCGGGGGACAACCUGGUGUGUCACAGCAGAGACGGCGGCAUCUUGGCCGGCUCUUGCCUUUACGUUGGACUACCCCCCGAAAAACCCGUCAACAUCAGCUGUUGGUCCAAGAACAUGAAGGACCUCACCUGCACGUGGGCGCCAGGGACGGAAGGGGAGACCUUCCUGCACACCAACUACACCCUCAAGUACAAGCUCAGGUGGUACGGCCGAGACAACACCUGCCAGGAAUACCACACGGCCGGGCCCUACUCCUGCCAUAUCCCCAAGGACCUGGCACUCUUCACGCCCUACGAGAUCUGGGUGGAAGCAUCCAACCGCCUGGGGGUGGCCGUCUCCGACGUCGUCAUGUUGGACAUCCUCGACGUGGUCACCACGGACCCGCCGUUGGACGUGCACGUCAGCCGGGUGGGCGACCUGGAGGACCAGCUGAGCGUGCGCUGGAGCUCCCCGCCGGCGCUCAAGGAUUUCCUCUUCCAAGCCAAGUACCAGAUCCAGUACCGGGUGGAGGACAGCUCGGAGUGGAAGGUCGUGGAUGAUGUGGGCAACCAAACCUCCUGCCGCCUGGCCGGCCUCCGCCCCGGCACUGUCUACUUCGUCCAGGUGCGCUGUAAUCCCUUCGGCAUCUACGGCUCCAAGAAAGCCGGCAUCUGGAGCGACUGGAGCAACCCCACCGCCGCCUCCACCCCGCGCAGCGAGCGAGCGGCGGGGGGCUGCGACCCCAAAGGGGGGGAGCAAAACACGACGCUGCGGCGGGAGCUGAAGCAGUUCUUCGGGUGGGUGAAGAAGCACGCCUACGGCUGCUCCAACCUCGGCAUCAAACUCUACGACCAGUGGCGCGUGUGGCUGCAGAAAUCGCACAAAGCACGCAACCAGGUAGGUAAGGAGUGCUUCCCGGCGAUAAGUUGUAGUCCGCGGGGGUCCGAGCGCCGGCAGGAUGAAACGGGGCGCCCGGCGCCCACCCGGGACCACCCGCGCCCACCCCAGCCCCGCCGCCGCGGAGCAGGAAAGCGGCCGGGGCGCAGCGCAGCCCAGGGGACGGGAUGGGGUGAGGUGGGGGGCAGCUGGCUGGGGACCCCCUCGUUCACCCCCCGCAGCGGCGAGGGGAGCCCCCAGCCUCGCCCGGCACGGGGGGACCCCGCGGCUUCGCCCCUUCACCACCAGCCGGAGCAGCCUCGGGGGUGAAGGGGGUGACGGGCGCUUUGCGGGGACCCCCACCCUCACUGCAGUCCCCGGGAAGUGAUUUUGGGGACCCACGUGCGAGCGCAUGGGGGGUCCGUCCCCGGGGAGCCACACGGGCUGGGCUGAGGCUGCUGGGCUUUGCCCAGCGACCGCUCCAAUUUUGAUUCAAACCAGCCUUAUUUUGGUUCCAUUGCAGUCAAUUAGGAACAGAUUUAAGCUUAAUGCCAAUAAACCUCGGAAACCCCAGCGGGGUCUGCGUCAGCGGAGCGGCCGCGGCGCGCGGGGACGGGGAGGCAGCGGGCAGCCAAGGGGGACCCGGGUUCCUCGUCACCGCAGCCUGGGGCUCCCGUGUCCCCCAUCAGCA